UGCUCGUUAGACACUCCUCGGGCGCUCAAAAAUCCCGAGGAAAUGAUCGUUCCAUCUGUCCUCGGAGAGAGUUCCUUGGAAACCGAUGUGAAAACAUUUCCUCGGGGUGUCCUCGGGGCGUCCUCGGGCCACAGCCAUUUGGCUGCGCUCCCCAAGGUACCUCGCGAGGUCCCUCGGAGUGGGAGUUUCCGCGAAAAUCGGGACGGCGGCGGCAGCCUUCGACGACGGCACAGUUUUGUAGUGUGGUACAACGGUGGUCCAGCCGAGGUGCGGGCGGAAAUUACCGGCCGGCAACGUUCGACUUCGGUGGGGACAGCGGCAACGGUAACGAAGAGUGGCGGACGGGGUCCGUGGAGGGCCCGAGGUGACCCGACCGCUCGCGUGUGCCGGCGGGAAACGGACAGGCCUCCAACGGGCGGCCGUUUCGAAAUUCGUCGGGCUGUACGUCCGUCGCCGAGAGCAGAGGUCCGCAAUGUAAACCGGCCGAGGGCGUCAUCAGCCAUCACUUGCCGUCUGCUGUUUGUCGCUGUCAGGUUGGCCGUUACGCUGCGGUUGUCUUACAUGGCCAACGUGUUCCGCAAGCUGCUGCUGCUCCUCCUCGUCGUGAUUCUGCUUGUCGUUGUCGUCUUUGUUCACGUGUGCAUAUUGGGGAGGUUGCCUUCACGUACUCGCAGGAAAGGAGGGGCGAGGAAGAGCGUUGCCAUGGACGGGAGGUGGCCGACUCAGAGGACGUUGUCCAGCCCUUAUCCGACCGAUCGGGCUCCGAUCUGUGCCGGUGCAGACAGAAAGGCGGCAGGUCCGCCACCGUACGAAGGACUGCCGCCUCACUUGCAACCGCUGCCCGAUUCGGACGAGGGGGAGGCGGAGGUGGACGUGUCGACGACAUCGUUCAUUUCCCUCCUUCACGACGGCGCGGAGGAGGAGGAUUGCCUCCCCCCUGUCGAUCUCACAUUUGGCCUCCGGAGCGGGAGCCCGUCUUCUGUCACGCGCACUGUGCUCGUGAACCCUCAUCCCGACGACGAUGCGGGGCAGGUCACAUUCGGCGGCAGGGGCACGAGGGGCAGAGCGGCGGCAGAGGUGACGUCGGGGAAGACGACGGCAUGGCCUCGAACGCAGGCGACUUCUGGCCCGUCAGUUCCACGCAUUGUCGGGCAACGUCCUGAGUGGACGACCCUCAGUCCUCCUUUGUCCGGGGGGCACGACGGCUUUCGUCGUCUCGUAGAUCGGGCUGUGACUCACGAAGAUUUCCCUUCCGAGGGCGCGCAUGGAGAUGGCAGGCGGGUGUGGAAGGAUGCGAGGCAGGAGUUGCGGCGGCAGCAAGAAGAGUCCAUAACGAAAGGCGUGGAGCGUUUACGCGUGGGCGAGCGGAGUGGGCAAGCAAACGUGGCCGCCGGGGGGGGUGACACGUGGGCAAACGCUGACGAAGUUCAGUGCGACGUAGACGACGACAACAGCGGCGACGUGUUCCCGUUGCGUGCGCCGAACAUGGGCGGGAGGGGCGGCAGGGGCAGCACUUCGACUAGAGCGGUGCACAGGCGGACGAGAUCAACGACGGCCUCUGCAGACGCGGAAGGCGAGGGUGAUGGGGAAGGAGGGAGGAAUUUCUGGUCCGUGGAACACAUGGUGGCCCUAAUCAGGGCGAAGCGGGAUCAGGACGCCCAGCUGCAAGCAUCGGGACACAACUUUGCUCGGAUGCGGACGAGGGAGUGGAAAUGGAUGGACCAUUUCAAGAAGGUCCACGCUUUCAUGGGCAUGUCGGGGAAGGAGGACUUCUUCCAGUUGACGAGUCAGCAGAGGGCAGAGAAAGGAUUCAACUUCAACAUGGAUCGAGCCGUCUUCGAGGAGAUCAAUGGGGCGAGGGAGAGGAGCCACACUAUCAGCCGGACCAAUGUUGCAGACACUGGCGGGGCAGGGGGKGUGCAACUCCCAUCUGCACAGUCGGCGACUCCGGAAUCUGUGGGGGAUGGUGAAGCCGCCGGUGAUGGAAACGGCGAAGACGACAGCUCAGCACGGGGUGGCUCACAGACGAGUGGUGGCCCGGCCGGGAUCGGGAAGAGGAAGAAUGUGCGGCAGCAAACAUAUCGAGGCGUUGUCGGAGUGCAUGGACAAGCAUGGGCCGUUGAUGGCGUCGACGAUGGAGAGCGCCAGCAGAAGGCAGUGCGAGACGAUGGAGAGCGCGAGCAAGAGGCAAUGCUCCAUCCAGAUUUGGCAGUGCGAAGCUAUCGAAGCGGAGGUGGAGAUCCAGAAACAACACUAGAACACAGCAGUCCAGCGAAGGGGAAAAGGGGGAGGGAGUCUAAUCAGGGCGAAGCUGCUACCGCCGUCAAGCGGGGGAGGCAUCAGGGGAAGAAGGCGAAGGCCUCAGGCGGCGGCGCCCUGGUAAUUGGCAGGGCCGCGCGGGAAGAGUGGAUCACGGAGGGCAGCAACGACGAGGACGAUGAUUUCGAACCGGAGGCGGACACGUUUCAUGGCGUCAAAGGGAGCUCGCGCGAACAAACCGCCGCGAGAAUGAUCAGCGGAGAUGAGGGGGGCAAAGGCGGCAACGAAGGGGGAGGCGUGAACGUUGCGCGUGGUGACAACGACGCAGGGGGCGACGUGGCAGCCGGUGGUGGUGGCAGGGACGAUCGGGGCCGCCAAUUGACCCCGACGACGCGCAACCCCGUGCAAGCAAGGGACGUCCCCGCGGCGCAUGAGAUUGGCAGACAACAGCCGCUGCGGGCGUCGUCGACCCAGGCGACGCCAGCAGCGGGACAGGCGAGAAGGGAGGAGGGGGCGGCGGUGACUGCAGCAAGCAGGCCCCAGCCCCCCGAACGCAGCGGAGUGAAGGAUGUCGCGGCGGCGGGUGCCAUUGCUAGCACGUCGACGGGGGGAGCGGGAGGAGGCGGGGGCGACGGCCGUGAUGGUGAUGAUGACGACGAUCCGCUCAUCAACAGGCAGAGGCGAACGGGAGGCGUGGCGGCUCUGGAGACGAAAGCAUGGCUGUGGGUCGACGAUCAUCGUUUCUGGAACGAGACGGAGGGGCAUGGGCUAGUGAAGAUGAUACAUGAAACUCGCCUGCACCUCCUGGCCAUCGCGAAGGGUGUGAAGCCGCCGGAGAUCAGAAAAAGCAUCGUGCUGCCUAACUCCACGAUCCCUCUGCAGAAGAUGGAAGACGAGUCCGAGCUACAGGCCGCCAAGGAGAGGGCUGGGAGGGUGCAGACGAUAGCGUUGCGCAUCAUCCACGGGUGGCUCUUUAAGUCCCCCAAUCGCGCACGCGGUUAUCACUGCGCGUACGGCUAUGUGCUCAACCACGUGGCCACAUACCUGGGCCGCGCCAUCUGGUUGGGAGAGGAGUGGCGUGUUUGCGUCAGUUCCGCGGUCGUCCACAACACUUUGGAGGCUCGUAUGAAGGUCCCCAUAUGGUACGUUGGCGGCAUCAUACACGACAGGCACGAGGACGAUGAGAUGGCGUCGUAUCAGGAGUCCACAACGCAGCGUCUUGUCGGAGCUUUCACUAAUGCUAUUGACGUGGGGGAGGGGGUGGACGGCGGUCGGAUUUCAUACGAGAGGUUGAGGAACGUCGCGGACUGCAUGCGCCUUUUGCUGUCUGCCGCCAUGUGGAUCAUGCGGAUGGCGGGUGAUAAUCUGCGCUCUCACUACGAGGCCUCCCAUCUGAUGGAGGUAGUCGCGAAACCGACACUCAUUGCGUCGCUUCAUCGCUCKUUCGACGCGCGRCGCCAUGUUCUGCAGUGCGUGAACGCCGUGACGGAGAAAAUGGGAAAGCCCCCAAUGACGUUGGUGGACUCUCCUUUGUACAUCCCCGACUGGGUUUCUUGCGGGGUGACUUUCAACAACGACGCGACGUUGGCAUCGACGACGAAGAGGAGGAGAAGGCAGACGAGGGGGAGGCGUGAACGCUGGUCGCGGACUGCAUGCGGCGACGGCGGUGAUGCGGAUGAUGGUGAUGAUGAUGGCGAUGAUGAUGAUGAUGGCGACGAUGAUGACGAAGGCGGCGGCGAUCAGACCAACGAUGCUGAUGAUCAAGACGGCGCCGACGAUGAUGAUGAUGAUGCUGACGACGACGACGACGAUGAUGACGAUGGUAAUGAUGAUGAAGGCGACGACGAUGAUGAUGAUGAUGAUGAUGACAAAGACGAGGACGACGAUGAUGACGACGACGACGAUGAUGAUGAUGAUGAUGAUGACGAUGAUGAUGAUGAUGAUGAUGAUGAUGAUGAUGAUGACAAUGAUGAUGAUGAUGAUGAUGAUGAUGAUGAUGAUGAUGAUGAUGACGAUGAUGAUGAUGAUGAUGAUGAUGAUGAUGAUGAUGAUGAUGAUGAUGAUGACGAUGAUGAUGAUAAUGAUGACGACGAUGAUGAUGAUGGCGCAGACGACCGUGUUCGGUGGUCGUCUACUGUGAGGAUCGGUGCUCAUACACGUCGUCGCCAUAUCCCGCGGGCUUUCCUCAACCCAGUGCAAUGCAGCUAGUGGCCCACCUCUUUUGGCACGCCGCUGGUGCAGCUUCGAAAAUCAUUUUGAUGUUUAUGUACAGUGUCGUGUGCUUUAUAAUUUGGAAACGUGUUGUUCUUCUUUCUGUCUCUUCAGCCCGGUUCGACACGUGGUCUUCUUUUGUGUUGGCAUGCUUCCCGAACGCAAACCGAUCGAUCCUUCCCGUCCUUUGUAUAUUGCUUUUUUUUUUUUUUUUUUUUUUUUGUUAUUUUUUUUUGAGUUUUUUUUUUUUUUUUUGUUUUUGCUUCACUUGUUUUCGGAAUUGCAUGUGAAGAUAAAUCUUCGAUGACCAUUGAUCAUUGUCGUUUGCAUAUCGUUGUAUUUUAUCACAACACGCACUCAUACACCAAACACUGGCAACCCUAGGACGAAGACGCAGACGAAUGAAGGCAGACACAAAAC